GAGAACUCAUAGAAUUUGAACUUAUUGCAAGCUAGUCUAUUAAGCGAAUGUAUAAGAGAUAACUUGAUAAUAUUAUUAAUAUAAAUCAGUGUAUAAUUUAUAUUUUUGGUUUUUUUUUUAUGUGUUGCUACUGUAAAAUAAGUGUGAAGUGACUAAGUGUACUUUAAAAAUUUAUGUUUAAUGUUCUGACGGACUAGGAAAUUAAUAUUAACAUGUCAAUUUAAAUUUACGUCUUACCUUUUGAAUGCAAUUUAUGAAGCAUUUUUUGGAUUAAAUUUUUUAUUUCACUCCUCCGUUUACGAAAACAUCGGACAAAUCAGCUGACAAUUAGCAUUAUUUUUCGCAUUUUUAUAGGGACUGAUUGAUAUGUACAUUAAUGUAUUUUUUAAUUUGAUUAAUAAAAGGAUAAAUCUAAAGUUUAUUCAUUUCAAUCAUUUUAAAAUAAAUAUUUUUGUCUUAAAAUAUUAAGGGCGUGAUUAGCUAAAAAAUUAAAACAGCAAACCUAUUUAAAAAGUUAACAAAUUCAUUUAGAAAGAAACCUAAUAAAUUCUGCAAUUUUUCAAAAGAAAAUAAUUAAAAAUUAUGUUAACUUAGCGUAAUCAAAUUUAAUAUGGACAAUGAACAAGAGGGUCAGGUAUCUUCCUUAAGAGAAAUUUUGGAUACGGCAUUUCAAUCCUCAAAUGUAGAAGAAACAAACGCAAAUGAAGAAGCUCCAUAUGAUAUAUUUGCAUAUAAUGACUACCCGCCAAUAGAGAUUCAAUAUAAUGCCUGGCACGUACCUAUGGACACUAUUAUUGAAAAUAAUCCUCAAGAAAACAUCUAUAAUUACAAUUCCUGUCCACCAUCUGCACAUAACAACUCCCAAGCAUCAAGGUAUGAAGAAGAACGGCAUCAGAUUCAACAAGAUUGUAGACUUCCUUGGAAUGAAGUUCGUAAUCAAAGCAACCCCUCCAAUGGUAUUGUACGUCAAAACCAUAAUGAUGGAAAUAGCAAUGUCAAUGUUUGGUCUAACAAAAUGGCCAUUAAAGUUUGUACAACUUGCAAUAACAUAAGAGAAUGCUCUUGCCAGCAGAUAAAUUUAAGAGAACCACCACAAAUUUCUUUUGGUUUGGUACAGCAUAUUCCAAGAAAAAGAAAGGAAACAAAUACGUUGUUACAAAGGCUUUCUCCACCACAAAAUUCAAACGAACUUCGUUCUGUUAUUCAUGUGUUACCAGAAAAUGUUACAAAUACCUCAGGAACAGUUAUUGAGGUAGGUUCCUCAAAUAACGUAGUCAUCAGUUCCCAAUUAAAUAGUGGAUGCCCACAACAACAUGAGAAGCAGCAAUCCUUAAAUAUACAGAAACAAUCUCAAAGUUCCGAAACAUCUAAUACAGUUACUACAACAAUAUUAUUAUCACCACGUUCUUCGGAUUUUAAUUAUCCCAAUGAAAUUUCGAAUUCUACGUUUGCUACUGACGUCAUAAUUUCACCCCAAGAUACUUUAAUCAACACAAAUAACGUUGAAAGUAACAGUAGAAAUGAUUUUCAAAAUAUGCCAUCAAAUAUGUCAACCGAUGAAUCUAGUGAAAAUCGAUUGGUAAUACCUGAAUGCUGUGAUAAUACUAGUGUACAUCAUCUCGAAAAUCCUGCAUCCAAAAAUCGAACUUCUUGUAUAAAUAGUAGUAAAAUUAUAAGCACCACUGAAAAUAAAAAUAGUCAUAUUAAUUUAAAUAACAAUGCAAACGAAAAGAUUAGUGGUGUUAAUGAAAAUAAUAGUAACAAUAAGAACAGUAAAAGCGUCUAUACUAACUCAAAUUGCGUAGUUGAAUCACCAAUAGUAACAAUCGAAUCUAUUAACUCAUCCAAUGAAGUACAUGAACCGAUUCCGGGUCCUAGUGGCCUAAAUAAUCAUUCUCGUUUUUAUGACAAUCCAACUGUGUCUUCAUCAAACAUAUUUCGUUCAAUAGACAAUACAAAUAGAACUAUUCGCAUGGUGGAUUCGGAUGAUAGUGAUGAUUCAUCUGACGAUAAUGACUACUUUAGGCUAUAUGCACCCAAACAAAAAUAUCAGCGGCUCAAUGUAGAUUCCGUUUAUGUUAUGCCAAAUGCUAAAAAACAUUCAGUUGCUUCAGAUUUAAGCAUAUCAAAUAAUGUAGAAAGUACUAGUACAAUUGAUGAAUCUAGUGGAAACGGUCUCCAAAACGAAAAUCAGAAUACUAAAAUUAAUAUUCAAAAAAAUGCGAGUUCGCAGCAGCCUGAAGUAAUGACAGGUUGGAUUUCUGAUACUAGUGAUGAAGAUGACGAUAUUAUUUUUGUUCAUUCAUCUUCAGAACCCGUUACUUCAAUUGAUUUGACAAAAGAUGAUGAUUCCAACGAUGCAGCCCCCACAGCAUCAACCCCAUCAGCUUUCAAUAGCUUUCAAAAUUAUAACAAUCAUUCAUCAGUCAUAUAUAAUCCAGCACCAGCGCGUUCAUCACUAGCCGACGCUAACAAUUGUAAUAAUACGUGGUACGUGACGUCACAUGAAACUUUAGAAAACAAUAACCAUACUGAAUUCAAUCAAAAUUAUGGGCAUAGGAAUUCUUAUUCAAUCGAUGAUCUUAAUAUAAUAGAUUCUGCGGAAACAAACGUAACUGCACAAGCUCCGACAGCCAUUUUAACGAACGUGUCAAAUGAUGUGGAUAUAACGACAAAUGCAUGUAACUUACCUUCUCAGCAAGAUCGAGUUCGAGCAUCAACUCCAAAUGUCAUCACAGCCACAUCAACUAACACAUCAAACUCUGAUUCAGUUGUGCCAUACCUAUUUUCUUUGACGUCAUCUCAUCACUUGUCUGGGUUAGACAAUUUAGCAAUUUCUACUCCAACAAUCGUGACUGCUUCAUCAACCUCAACUCCAACCUCCAACUCAUUAAGACCAUAUUUACUAACUACAGCUGAACCAGAUUCCUCUCAACCAGAAUAUCAAAAUAAUACAUCAAAUAACUGUCAUGUCUUUUUAAACCAAUCUUUACCUUCUCCACCUGUCGCUCACGCUACAGAUAUAAGUACGCCUGCAGCUCAUAUGAGUACCAUUCAUUAUCACCCAUCCAGAACUCCUCUUUGCCGACGUUUCCAAAAUGCAACAGCAGCAGCAGCUGCAGCUGCUGCUGUAACUGCUUGUACUGCUCAAACAGAAUCAAACGCACAAAGACAACAACAGCAACAAUAUUCGAACAAUUACCAGCAGGGUGCUUUACCUUAUCCACCCCCUCACUACCACGUGCCACCGAGAUAUCCAAUACAUGAUAAUUUAUGGCGCCGUCAACAAACGACACAAGAACUUCACAGAAGACACAUGAUGCCAAUAGAUUUGUCUAACGGCAGGAGUGUUUCCAAUUAUCGAAGUGGUUAUUUGUCAAAUAUAUGUAACUGUCCCGCAACAAGAAGCAGGCAUAUUCGACACCCUUGCAAUGUUCGACAUACGGAUGGGCACUAUCCUUCUGUCACAAAUUUGCAAUCUGGAAUGGAUCCUAGACCUAUUGGGGCCGCUCAUUCAGCUCACACAAAUCUAUCAACAUUUUUUAAUAAUAUGCAACCUUCGCCAACGGAACCUCAAUAUGUGCAUCAUCAUAUGAUUCAUCAUUAUGCAUACCCUCAUCCACCGCAAUUUCAUCUUAGUAUCGGUUUGAGAUCACCAGCAAGCUAUUCACAUCCAAUGGCCUUAAUGUCUCAUGCUCUUAAUGCUCAACGUAAUCAAUUCUUUUUUGGCUCUACACUUCGACCAAAUCGGGGUGCUACAUUGGAAGUUAUUGAACGAAACACUUUACCACACAAAUAUAAACGUGUUCGUAGACCUAGCGAAACCGAUGAAGAUGCGGAAAAAUGUGCCAUUUGUUUGUCCUUGUUUGAAAUUGAAAACGAUGUCAGACGCUUACCUUGUAUGCAUCUCUUUCAUAUGGAUUGUGUUGACCAAUGGUUAGUUACAAAUAAGCACUGCCCUAUUUGCCGUGUAGAUAUCGAAACUCAUUUAACCAAAGACGCCGCAACAUCUUUAUGAUAUUGCGUUAACGGCAAUAUCAUUAUUGAUUAAAUUAAAAAUAUGUUUGUUAACAUAUAUAUGUUUAAAUAUAUGCAUAGCAUUUAUAUGCAUAUAUAUAAACAUAAAUAUAUAAUAUAAAAUAACAUGAUCGAAAAAUGUUUCACAAAAUACAAAAUAUUAAAAUUAGAAAAAGAAACUUAGAUAAUGAUUCGCAUUGUAAUUUAUUUAAAAUUUGAAAAUUCAUAUUUUGAAAAAUUUACAUUUAUAGUUAUGAAAUAUACUAGUUAAUAGUUAAAAUAUCGUAACACUUACGCAUACAUUUAUUUAAAAUAAAGUCAAAGCAAAAUAGAUUGUAAGUAAAAAGCAAUCGUACCUCAAGAUUUUAAAUGGUACGGUAAUAUAGGAAACUGUAACAAAAAAAAAAACAAUAAAAUAACGCAAUAUUACAGUAUUACUUGAAUUAAAGCUAACGAAACAUUUAUUUUCUUCCAUAUGGCCUGCUUUAAAUAUUAAAAUUAAUUAAAUUUUGAAAAUCUGUGCUCAGAUGAUGAAUCAAUUAGUGGUCCGUGCCUGAUCGAAAUUGAAAUUGUAACUUAGUUUGAAAUAAAUUUUUAAGAAAAUUCAAAAUUUCAUAAAGUUACUUAAACAUUUAUUUAAGUUUAAAAAUUUUUAAGAGCAAUGAAUGUAUAAAAAAAUCUGGUUAUUUUUAGUCUAAAUGAUGAUCGUAGAACACUAUCUUCGAAAUUUCUUUAAAAAUAAUUAUUCCAAUUUUUUUUUUACUAAAUGUAAUAGCAUUGAAUUUACUAUCUGUAUUUAAUCUGUAAAUAUGGGAAAGAAUACUGUAAUAUUGUGACAAAAACCUACGCAAAACAUAUUUACCUGAAAUUGUAUUUACAAAUAUACACAAUUCAAGCAUUUUUUUUUUUUAUUUUAGUGUAAUAUAUUAUACACGAAUUCAAAUCAAAGUUUGGUGUUAGUGAGAGUAACAAUAAUAAUUCUUUUUUUAAAUCAGAUGGUAUCUAAUAUUACAAAACAUUUCAAACAGUAAAUCAUGUAUAUUUGUUGAACAUACGUUUAAUUUCAAAUAAAUUUCCUACGCUUCGAUAAUAUAAUAUAUUUGAAUUUAAAAUUAAAAUAAUAAAGUAUUUAUACUAUAAAAUUCAGCUUACAAGUUGUAAUUGCUGAAUUAUAUAUUUCAUAUCGUAUUGCUACAAUUUUGAGACCACGCUAUAUGUACACUCAUCCUUAAUAACAAAAUAUGUAUGAUAUAUAUGUAUAUGAUUUUUUCAAAGAAUGUUUAACGAAGCGCCCGUAUUAUAUAAUAAAAAUUAAUGGUUUGAAUUUAAAUUUUUUUUUUAUCAUCUUACAUGCACACCUACAUCAUGUAUAUAGAAAUCAAUUGCAAAAACAAAUUUUAUAUAUCAAUAUAAAAACCUAAUUUUUAUAUACAUACAUACAUUUAUAUAAUAAUAUAACAUCAAUGCGUGCUUUUGUAUAUUUGUAAAUAUUUUUAUAAUAUUCUGUUUAAGCCAUAAACCAAAGUUCUUAAUUUUGUAUGAGAUUCAUAUGGGAAUAUAAUAUACUAAUCAAAAAAAAUAUAACAAAAAAAAAUUUAUCAUAAUAUUGGC